UGUAGCUCAAGGGUGCCCUCUCGUGGAAUGAAUUAGGAUGUCAUGUUUCACCGCGGACAAGACUACAUUAAAACCUAUUUUUGAGUGAUCUUUAUGAAAUUUUAAAGGAUCUAAAUUCAGUUUAUCUAACAUAUGUACAUUUCUCGUUGGAGAGCCUGGAGGACAUCUCAGCGUUGAAGAUGUCACAACCUUCUGUCGGAAUGUCAGGGCACACUUUGGGAGAUCACCCAGUCCUGGGUGUGACCUGGGUCAAAAUGACCGAGUGUGUUUGAUUUGUUCACAAGGAGUCAGUGGCUCCACAUGAUUUGGUAUCGUGCCACAGAAGAGUUUAGUAUGGCCGUAUUGUGUUUUAAACUGGUUUGCCAAGCGCCAAUGCAUGAAAAGAAGAAGUGACGAGACGUGGGAAGCGUGAGCCCGUACACCGAUGGACAUGAAUAUUUAGCACAUUUUUGUUUAAAAUGCCUUCGUUUCGUCCCUCUCGGCUCGACGGAUGUGGCGAAGCGGAACAGCUGCCCUCGUUCUCAUAGCUGCUUGUGCUAAUUACGCGAUCUUUUUCCACGAACUGAGACAAGCAGACAACAGAUCGGUUUUAGCCCAACGCUACUUUAUGCAGUCUGUAAGGUUCGCUAUUAGAAGAAUGUCUUCCACGCUUCCCCGUCACGUCAUCUGGCAGUCAGAGGGGCUGGUGGCCUAUCUUCACCCCCGGCCUUGGACACCCGGCUCUGUUAUCCUGGAGCACAAGAACCCUGGCAGCCUGGGAGGCAGCAUCUUCCACCUGGAGAAGCAGGAGUUGUUAUCGUGGCUGCUGGGGGCCAAAGCUGUGGCAGAGCUGCUGUGUGACAGGCUGGCAGUUCGGAGGUGUGCUCUGGUCAGCAGACCCCACAGAGACACACCUGCCCAGAUACGUAUCCUCCCUCUCCACGGUCUGGAUGCAGAGUGGCGCCCUCACCUGGCAGGAGAAGAGGAGCACAAUACUUACGACCCUGGAUUCUGCACCUCUAAGACUGCUCCCAGAUGGAGUGAUCCCAGGCUGACUGAAAUCCAGGCCAAGAUUCGCGUAAAGCUGCCCUCACCUGAUGCCCCACCCAAUCCGACUUUCCUCGGGGACGAUCCCGCUCACCCUGGCUUGUUUUCACGCAUUGUCCGUGGGGAGGAGCAGCAGUGGAGGGUGUGGGAGGACGAGGGUCACGUAGCCUUUCUCACACCCUUUCCCAACUCCCCUGGUUUUACUGUGCUGGUCCCACGCCAACCUUUGACCUCUGAUAUAUUCAGACUAGAAAAGGGGGACUAUGAAGGGCUGGUGCUGGCAGCCUGGGAGGUGUCGAAGCUUCUUGAGGACGGGUUGGGUGCCUGGGGGACUGGGCUUAUUUUUGAGGGUUUUGAGAUUGACUACGCUCAUGCCAAGCUGAUACCACUCUUUCUACCUCCAUCAUCAGGGACGGAUGGCACCACUAAACCACCACCUCCCCAGUUUUACCCCACUUAUCCUGGAUAUGUGACCUCAGAAGACGGACCCGAAGCCAGUCCGGAAAGUCUGAAAGAACUACACUUCAAAAUUACUCAAAAUUAAUGCUGUAUAGCUUUUUUUUAUUUUCAAUUUUUUAAUAUCAAAGCAUUCCACAAAACAGUUACUUGUUUCAGUUUAUUAUUACCAUAAUUUUACUGUCAGAAUCAUUAAUGUAACCCAGUCUUGUCAUAAGACAGUGAGAGAUCUGUUGGCAUGUAGUUAGAUAUCCAAAACGAACUUUUUUCUGAAAGAGAAAUGUUUUAUUGUUUGAAAUCAAAUAUCUAGAAAAUAAUUAAGGCUACAUAACUUGCAAAUCAGACCAGCUCUCAACUUGAUAAAUACUAAAGUGCCUCUGUCCUCUGAAGGAGCAUUAGUGGAGAAGUUGGAAGUCUGAUAAACUGAUUAAACAGAAUGUAAAACUUAAGAAGUGAUUUUGAUUUUGUUGUAUGUAUACUAAAUAAGACCAAUACUAUUUUUUUAAUUAACUGAUAAAAGUAUUUUUUAUAAAACUAACUUUUUAGAAUCAAAACAAAUAAUUUAUUUUAUACGUGUGAUAUAAAAUGACCAACAAACAUUUUUGGAAACAAUUUAUGAAGAUUUGAUCACAGUAAAGACUUAUGUUUAUAAGUGUCAGUGAUCAUCAUACCUGGACAGAAAGAAAAUGUCAUCCACUGACAUGAGUUGCAUUAUAAUUUUGAAUCAUUUAUCAUUUCGAAACUUUAAAUGAUGUUCAUUUUUUUAACUCUUUCUCAAAUUAACAACUGUUAUUAUGCGGGCUGUUACUUACACCAUGUUUACAGUCAUUACAUUCCCCAUUCAUGUCCUUUUGUUGAUGACAGUGUGUUAUGUAUUUAGUUUGUUAACCACUUACAUAAUCUGCAUGCCCGCUCAUUACAGCAUUGCUAAUUGGUCCCACAGUGCAUUUCUGAUUAUGAGGCGUUUAAUGAGAGAUGAAGUGCUCAAUCCGUACUCUGUAAACCAGUUCCCACGCUGUCAUUAAAAUAGACCAAAA